AUGAAACUACCUUUAUUUGCGGGCAUGGGUUUGGGAAUUUACUUGCAAAGUCAAAAGCCUAUAGGAAUUCAAACGUACGUUACAUUUAAAACAAUAGCAUAUACUACACUUCCAAUCUGUGGCUUUGGUUUUUUCUAUCUUACUGGUACUUAUAUAGCAAGUAAAGUAAGAAACCAAGAUUCGCCAGUUAAUUAUGCAAUAGGAGGUAAACAAAACUUUCUUUUAUAAUCUAUUGUUAUCAAGUGAAAUUAUCUUUGGUAAUUUUAUUCUAUUUUUAAUAUUAAUUUAAAAUGAUAUAAAAAAUUAUUUUGUAGCAUUAUGUACUACUCCAUUG